AUGUUUUAUUCGGAAGCAAUCCUUUCUAAAAAGGGCCCCCUCGCUAAGGUAUGGCUAGCUGCUCAUUGGGAACGAAAGCUAAGUAAGACACAGUUUUUACAGACUAACAUACAGUCUUCUGUUGGCGCUAUCCUUGGAGGAGACCAGCCGCCGAUGGCUCUCAGACUGUCUGGUCAGCUACUGCUCGGUGUCGUAAGGAUAUAUUCGCGCAAAGCGAGAUACCUGCUGGAAGAUUGCAAUGAAGCACUUGUCAAAAUCAAAUUGGCUUUUCGUCCUGGAAUAGUUGAUAUGCCGGAAGAACAAAUUUCAGCUAGCUACAACGCCAUCACACUUCCCGAUAUUAUUACCGAGCUUGAUAUUUUGUUACCUGAUCCUGUUUUCAAUCUAAAAGCAUGGGAAGAUCAACAUCAAAUAUCAACAAAUUUAUUAGACGAUAACACCAUCAACGAUAUCAAUAACCACAAUAUCAACGUCACUAGUAAUAACAACGGAAUUAAUAAUAACAACACGUCACGACCUCAAGAUAUCACGAUUAGAGACGCAGUAGACAUAUCUCUUGAUAUUGGCGCUGGAGCUGAUUUAUUAGGAGAUGCAUUUGACAUAGAAGAUGGACGAGGACUCGACCUAAAUUUCGACGAUGAACUUGGAGGAGAAGAAGCAUCCAUCGAAAUAGAAAAGGCAAGAGAGGCACAAAUUGAACAUUCUAUUACUAUGGAGGAUCUUGGUGUGCCUAUUGGUAUGGAUAUCGACGAUAAAGAACCAUCACAAGCGGAUGGUACACUACUGGUUCCAGAAAGAGAGCCGAAUGCGGUGAAUCCUGAUAGCGUGAUAGAAAAGCCGGUGACUGAAGGGAUAUCAGGUAAAUUGAAAAUAUUUAAUGUUCAUCUUUAUCAUUUUAUAUCAACAAUGAGACCAAAUAUCUUUUUUGUGCAUAGUUUCGGUGAUGAAUCGGGAAACGCUAUAUUCGGCCUUGAAUCAUCACCGCAGAACCAUAUCAAUGAAGACUUUCAAUUUCAGACUCUCGAACAUGAAACACAGCCAUCACAACAUAGAAGAAAACGAAAGUUAAAUAUCGACAAAGUAACCGAACUGCAAUCCAUACAUAUCGCUAACCAGAUAAAAGACACCUCUGACAUUAUAGUAGAGCCUUCCUUUCUCCCGGCAUCUCGUAAAUUAAUUCGUCUUGCAGAAAUUCGACAAAUAGGACCAAAAUAUUAUCUUGAUUUAACCGCUCCCCCUAACGUUCCACCCGAAUUACGUCAUCUUUUCACAAGAAAACGCCCUCGUUUAGAGGCCAUUCCAAUAGAUAAUGAGCCUACGAAACAAGAUGAUUCACAGAUCGACUCUAAUAAUAACAAUACCAAUAUUAUUGCCAUCGAGGAUGCUCAGGAUUCACCUAUAAAUGAAAAUUCCGUCGGAGAUGAACAAGAGCCACAAAUAAUGGAGAAUAACGUAGGGGAUGAGAAGGAGCCCCCGAAAAAUGAUAAACACACAGAAACCGGCGGAGGCGAUGAUUUUGUUUCAAGCUUGCCCAGCCCAGUUAACACCGAAAUUAAAUCACCAACCGGAGAAAACUCAUUAUCAUCGUCGUCGUCUACAAUACAACUCUUACAACGCGAAUUCGAGAAAUUAGAAAAGGAUGGAGAUCUAAGUUCUCAAAAAUCAACAAAUUUUAUCAGUUAUCAAAAAGUCGUCGGAAAAGCAAAACGACAAGAAGCUGUUAAACUCUUUUUCGAACUGCUCGUAUUAAAAACAAAGGAUGUCAUCGACAUAAAGCAGAAAAAACCUUUUGGAGAUAUCGAAAUUCGGUCAAAGGAUAAACAAAUGUUGGAUAAAUAUGUCACUUCUGAAAAUUGA